AAGUUUUUCCUUACCCAGAAAUUAGCAAUGAAGAACUGGCAGAAAUCAACCAGUUUGUGGGACCUGUUGAAAAGUUCUUCAAUGAAGAAGUGGACUCGAAGAAAAUCGAUCAAGAUGCAAAAAUCCCACCCGAAACCUUACAAGGACUGAAGGACCUGGGUCUCUUUGGCAUGCAGAUUCCAGAGGAAUAUGGUGGGCUGGGCCUGUCAAACACCAUGUAUGCACGUCUGGGAGAAAUCAGCUCCCUGGAUGGCUCCAUUGCAGUGACCCUGGCAGCUCACCAGGCCAUUGGGCUGAAGGGGAUCCUCAUUGCUGGCACCGAGGAGCAGAAGGCCAAGUACCUGCCCCGCCUGGCCUCGGGGGAGCACAUUGCUGCCUUCUGCCUCACCGAGCCCGGCAGUGGGAGUGAUGCUGCAUCCAUCCAGACAAGGGCAACCCUGAGUGAAGAUGGGAAACACUUCCUGUUAAAUGGCUCCAAGGUCUGGAUCUCCAAUGGUGGCCUGGCCAGUAUUUUCACAGUGUUUGCCAGGACAGAGAUUGUGGACAAGGACGGGCAGGUGAAGGAUAAAAUCACUGCUUUCAUCGUGGAGCGGGACUUCGGGGGCGUCACCUAUGGGAAACCCGAGGAUAAACUGGGCAUUCGAGGCUCCAACACCUGUGAAGUACAUUUUGAAAACACCAAAGUGCCUAUAGAGAAUGUAAUUGGAGAAGUUGGAGGGGGAUUUAAGGUUGCCAUGAAUAUCCUCAACAGUGGAAGAUUUAGCAUGGGCAGUGCAUCUGCUGGAAUGAUUAAGAAGUUGAUAGAACUGACAUCAGAGUAUGCUUGCACCAGGAAACAAUUCAAUAAGAAACUCAGCCAGUUUGGAUUAAUUCAGGAGAAGUUUUGUUUGAUGGCUGUGAAAGCCUACGUGAUGGAGAGCAUGGCUUACCUGACUGCAGGGAUGAUGGACAGGCCAGGCUUCCCUGACUGCUCCGUCGAGGCUGCCAUGGUCAAGGUGUUCAGCUCUGAAGGUGCCUGGGCAUGUGUGAGUGAGGCUCUGCAGAUCCUUGGAGGCCUUGGCUACAUGAAGGAUUAUCCUUAUGAACGCUACCUCAGAGACACCAGGAUCCUGCUCAUCUUUGAGGGCACCAAUGAAAUCCUGAGAAUGUACAUUGCACUGACAGGGAUGCAGCAUGCAGGGAAGAUCUUAACUGACAAAAUUAAAGCAAUCAAGAAAGGAAACGUGGGAGUGGCGCUGGGGGAGUUCCUGACCAGGUUACAGGACACCCUGGGCAGGAAGGUGGAUCUGGGGCUUGUAGGUGACAGUGGGGUGGUGCAUCCCAGCCUCCAGGAGAAUGCCAAGAAACUUGAAGAAAACGUUUAUUAUUUUGGAACUACAGUCAGGGGCCUGCUAAGUAGGUUUGGCAAGACAAUAGUGGAUGAGCAGCUGGUGCUGAAGAGAGUGGCAGAUGUGGUGAUUAAUUUGUAUGCAAUGACUGCAGCCAUCUCCCGGGCCAGCCGCUCCAUCAGCAUCGGGCUCAGGAACCAUGACCACGAGGUGUUUCUUACAAAUAUCUUCUGCACAGAAGCCUAUUUCAAGAAUAAUUAUGCCAUGGCUCAAUUAGAAAAAUAUGCUGAUGAAAACCUGGAUGAUUCCAUUAAAAAAGCUGCAAAGCAGAUCCUGGAGAAGAGGGCAUACAUCUGCUCUCACCCUCUGGACAGGACCUUCUGAUUCCUCCCUGAGAGCAGGCACUCAUGAAUGUCAGUCAGGGAGGAAUUUGCUGCAGUUCCAGUAUUUGGCAUCUUAAAAGCAUCUGUUAUUUAAUGUCUUUACUAAAUGUAACUGUGUAAAAUAAAACUUCUUUCUAACCAAAA